AGACUUGGCGGCUCCCGCUCCCCGCAGCGCGCUCAGGCGGCUCCCGGCGGCCCCGGAGGCGGCGCAGUUCCCUUGGCCGCGCGGCUGCGACGCACGGCUCGGGCCGUGCCACCCCCGCCGCCCGCCCGGGCUCCCGCCGCCCCCGCCGCCCGCCCGGGCUCCCGCCGCCGCGGCGCGGCUCAUGCCCCCGGGCGCCGAGCGCGCAGGUGGGCCGGCCGCCGCCGGGAGCUAGGCCCCCCGGGCCAUGGCGCGCAGACCCGGGGCGCCGGCCGCCUCCGGGGACGACUUCUCCUUCGUCAGCCCGCUGGUGAAAUACCUGCUCUUCUUCUUCAACAUGCUCUUCUGGGUGAUCUCCAUGGUGAUGGUGGCUGUAGGCGUGUACGCGCGGCUGAUGAAGCAUGCAGAAGCAGCCCUGGCCUGCCUGGCGGUGGACCCAGCCAUCCUGCUGAUCGUGGUGGGCGUGCUCAUGUUCCUGCUCACCUUCUGUGGCUGCAUCGGCUCCCUGCGAGAAAACAUCUGCCUCCUGCAGACGUUCUCCCUCUGCCUCACCGUUGUGUUCCUGCUGCAACUGGCCGCGGGGAUCCUGGGCUUCGUCUUCUCCGACCAGGCUCGGAGCAAAGUGAGUGAGGUCAUCAACAAUGCCAUCGUGCACUACCGAGACGACCUGGAUCUACAGAACCUCAUUGACUUUGGCCAGAAGGAGUUCAGCUGCUGUGGAGGGAUUUCCUACAAGGACUGGUCGCAGAACAUGUACUUUAGCUGCUCCGAAGACAACCCGAGCCGUGAGCGGUGCUCCGUGCCUUACUCCUGCUGCCUGCCUGUCCCCAACCAGGCCGUGAUCAACACGAUGUGUGGCCAGAGCAUGCAGGCCCGCGGCUACCUGGAGGCCAGCAAGGUCAUCUACACCAACGGCUGCAUCGACAAGCUGGUCAACUGGAUACACAGCAACCUGUUCCUGCUGGGCGGUGUGGCGCUGGGCCUGGCCAUCCCUCAGCUGGUGGGAAUCCUGCUGUCCCAGAUCCUGGUGAGUCAAAUCAAAGAUCAGAUCAAGCUGCAGCUCUACAACCAGCAGCACCGGGCCGACCCGUGGUACUGAGCCUCCAGCCCGCACUUCCUCACCGUGCUGACCGCAGCAGCCUCAUCCACCCACAGCAGCAGCAGCAAGAGCGGUGGCUGCCGUGCUGAGAGCAGCCCUGAGCGGAGAUGGCUCCCGGC